UGUUUACAAACGUGAAAUUGUAUUAAUUCAAUCGGUUUUUUUAAUAUUUUUUCUGUAAUUUCUUUUAAUUUAAAACUUAAAGGACAAUGACAACAUUAGACGAGCAACCGAAAAUAAAACUGGGCGAUUACAUUGUCAUACAACGACAAAAGUAUACCAAAUUGCAGAAAUUUGGCAAUUUAGAUGCCACAGCAAUGUUGGGCAAAGAUCAGCUAGAGCUGAAAGCUUUGCUAGAUCAACCUUAUGGUGCUACCUUUAAAAUGUGCCCUAAAGAAGAUUUGGGCAAGUCUCACCGUGGUCGUCAAAAGUUAAACACCUUGCAAUUGUGCAAUGAAUUGGAAAUGCGUAAUAUACGUGAAGUAUUGGGUAUAUCCUCCAGUGGUGAAGAUAAUCGCAAUAUUUUAGAUGAUGGCGACUCACAGGCUCUUAAGCCAGAAGAUAUCGAUAAGCUAAGAGACGAAUGCAAUGAAAGCACCAAGAUUAUAGAGAAAAUUGUAGAAAACUCAAAAACAUUUCACAAUAAAACCGAAUAUUCACAGGAAAAGUAUUUGAAGAAAAAGGAAAAGAAAUACUUUGAAUAUAUACAAAUCAGACAACCCAACAUACGUUUAAUUACCGAGAUAUACUAUCGUCAAGAUGCUGAAAAAGUAAUGGGCCUAAGGGUCGAUACCCUGUCACAAUUAAUAUCGUAUUCGGGUAUUUCUUCAUUCGGCAACUAUUUGUUAUAUGAGAGUGGCUCAAAUGGUUUAUUGCCAGCGGCUUUCCUGAACUCAAUGGGAGCUAAUACAGAAGCCAAAAUGGUGCAUAUGCAUCCGGGUAAUGUGCCACAAAAACAGGCCAUUUUGGCUUUAAAUUUACCCGAAGAACAAUUGCAAAGAUGUAUUUCAGUGAAUAUUUAUUCGGUGUUAAGAGAAUUUUAUCAAGGCCAGGAAACUGCCAGUGAAACAGCUGAAGUAAGCGAACCUAGUAGUAAAAAACAAAAGUUAAAUGAAGAUGACAAAGAUUCUUCAGAGACUUCCUCUGAGUCUGCAAAAACCGAGGACGCUGCUAAACCACCAGCCACUUUACAAAAAUGGCAAUUGGAAAAUAAACGUGCUGCCGCUUUAAUGCAGGACAAAUUUGAUUCUUUGGUUAUUGCCGCCAAAGAACAUCCCGCCAAUUUGGUUAAGGAAUUGUUGCCUUUUGUUAAACCCUCACGUCCCAUUGUCGUUUUCAGUUUGUGCAAAGAAGUGUUAAUGGAAUUGUAUGUAGAUUUGAAAACAAGCUCGAAAGUUACUAAUCUACAUUUGACUUCAAAUUGGUUGCGUAUGUAUCAAGUUUUACCCAAUCGCACACAUCCUGAGGUAAAUAUGCAGGCUAAUAGCGGCUAUUUACUGACGGGCAUUACUUUAGGUUAAGCAGGGAAUAAUAAAAACAACUUUAAAAUAA